AUGAGAGAACUCGAUGUCUCUGACGUGGAGAAGCGCUUGAAAGCUGCAGGUGGCGGUGAUGGCGAGCUGCGCAUUUCCUUAGUUUGGGGAAGCACCGAUGACUUGGACUUGCACGUCGAGACACCAAGAGGAGAGACGAUCUACUACGAAAGGAGCAAGUCAUCAUGCGGUGGAAUGCUGGAUGUGGACAUGAACCGUGAGAGAGAGAAACCUCGGUGUUGA